AUGUCAACAAAAGUAUACAUCCUCGUCUAUGAGGGUUCGCCCCUUGACUAUGCCGAAUAUCGCCAUACGGCACUGCAUUUUAUGUUUCCCAGGGGCUUAACGACCACCUUGCAUGUGGUCGGCACGCAGGGGCUGUUUCAGUUCGAAGAGGAUAUCGAUCAAGACCCCCAUGAAGGAGGGAAACUGGUUCACACGAUCGCCGUCGGGGAGCUCAUUAGUUCGAUCAAUGCGGCCGCGUUGAAGAAGGUGGUUUCGGCAACGCCUAUCAAGAACGGGCGUGAUGACCUAGAGUGGAAUUGCCAGAAUUGGGUGGGCGAUGCGUUGGCUGGACUAGUGGAGAGGGGCUACUUAAGUGAGCCGCAACGAGCAACGGCUAUUGACAAGAUGUUGGAUGCUUGUCUGGAGGCGAAAGACGAAUGA